AUGAAAUCCCUUUGUUUGAUUAUUGGUGCUGUUGCUGUCCUUUUAAACACAGCUUAGGCUUGCAAGAAUACUCUCUUUAAGGGGCAUCAAGGAACUAAUAUCUAUAAACUGUGCAAGACAUAUAUAGAUGAAAUGCAAUACUUGAGUGAGCCAUGUAGAGAUUCCUAUGAUCCAAGAGUUUAAGCUCCUCAAGAUAAUACUGAUAUUUUCAAAAAUAUACCUGAUCCUGGCGAAUAUGCUAUAGCAAUGUUCUCUGACUCCUCUCCAAAAUAUACCUUUGCAUUCGAAAGGAAUCCAAAAGUUAAAUAACUGAAAGAGCAAGAUGUUUAGUUACUUAUUUAAAAUGGAUAUAGACCACAACAGAUCUCUUUAAUUCGAAGAGAUAAUUGGAGACUUAACCAAGCUAGUUUUCCAUCUGAAAUGGGAUAAGUAUUUAUGAAAGGUGGGCCUUUAGAAAUCUAUGAAAUCGAGGUCGCAAGUCCAUUCUUCGGUGCUUACCCCUUCUCUCAGGAUCGUGAAUAUACAUUGAGAGAUAAAAAAUAACAUAAGAAGAGCAAAUCAUUUGUUGAAAAUAAAAUACUGUAAUGA